CUGCCGCUAUAAACUGACCAACAGUCGGUAUUAACAAUUCAAUUAGUCAUGUCAUUGUCCUUUUUGUUAUUCGUGUAUUUCUCACUAGUACCGUGGCCAGUUAAUGAAGACAAUAGUGCAUUGCAGUUUUUCACCGAUUGGUUACCUCAGCUGGACCUUUUCUUCGAAUUAUUUUUAAGGACCGGCCGUAGAGACGGAGGAAGGGCCUUGCUCCAAAUACCUCAACUUCCCUGCAAACCGGGAGAAAGACGGGAUAUGACUGGAAAGUGCAGGAAAGUUUUCCAAUGAGCUGUUUAAGAAACGGUGUCAUUGAAUAAUUUACAUCAGUUAAUCGUAAUAUAUUUAAAGGACACGUUAAGUUUUAUAUGCCAAAAGAUAUGUUAAUUUUUAAUACCGAAAAAAGCUAUAUCAGUAUAACUCCGUCCUUCAUUGCAUAUUAAAAACUUGAAUAAACUGGGCAUCCUAAAAUAGGCCAGUAACUGGGAGGGCGUGGAAUGCCAACAUUGGUUGUCAAUUGGGAACAUCAGGGGGCUUAAAGUGGAUCCUUGUUGUGGUCCUGUGCGCAAUUCAGUGGCUGGUGCACAAUGGAGAGACUGUUGAUCCUCGCGUCAUGUGUUGUCAUCCUACUGAUAGCAGCGGCGAUUGCAGUGUCAGCGGGGUCAUUGAGGCACCCUCAAGACAACCUCAACUUACUUAACUUCAAGCCAUGUAAAACGGUUUCAACCAUUCAAAGGUGCAAAGUGAAAGAAGUACAAAUAAAAGGCUGCCUUCAACAAGAUAUUUCUGACUUGAACCGUCUUUUGGUGAAAUACAAUCCAUGUGAAGUGACUAGAAAUAGCCAUCUCAACUUUACAAUCACCCUGCAGGCUGGUUUCACUUCGGACAAACUGUUCAGCCAGUUCUCUGUGAUGGAGUACCCUCAGGACUCCGCCGAGUGCUCCAACUCCGUGGUCCGCCAGCCCAGCAGGUGUCCCCGCAAGGGUAGUGAUACCGACUGCGCCCCCGCCUCCCACAACUCUGACCCUUGCCUCUUCCAGGAGUACAUCCGAGAUAGCUGUCGUGGCGGAGGCUGUCCUCUGACCGUCCAGGACACUCAGGAGGUCACCGAUUACCUCAAGAUCAACCCCGACACAGCCAUCAGGGGGACCUAUAACAUCCAGUGGAAACUUUGGAACAAAUCCAACAAGAAGGACUACUGUUGCUUCACUUUCAAGAUAAAAUACACGUAACUCUCAUCCAUUAUUGUAAGAGAUUUAGAAUAAAAAUUAUCUAUAUUACUUCAGUGCAAAAAACUUUAUAGUUUUUAUACUUAAAUAUUUGCAGGUAUCUUCUCCUACUAAUCAUGCCUGAUGUAACUCCAUCAGAAACGUAAUACAUGUACACUUGUCAUAAACUAGACUUUCAAAGAUGUCCUUAUAUGCAACAUUGUCAUGUAGCUAUUAUUUUCAAUAAGAAAUUCUGUUUAUGCAUACUGUGUAGUGUAUGCUAUAGGAACAAUUAUCAGGAGAAAUAAUUCAAUUUAACGUUAAGAAAUGUAUGAUUAUUUGAAAUUAUUCAUAUUUAUUAUAAUAAAUCUUCACAUCCUUUUUCGGUAGCAAACCAUCCAUUUUUGUGGAGAAAGCCUAUAUUUUACGGAAUCCAAAAUAUUUCCCUUCGAUUAAGCUUACAUAAAACUGACUAAUAUUUCAAGAAUCCCUGAGGUCAGUGUUGGCCUUUAAAGCAUUCUAAUCACUGCAACUAAACCCGUAUUGUGGAAUAUGCCAAACAGGGCUUGCAUUAAAAGCCUUUUCGUCGUGACACAAAAUAUGAUUAACCUCUAGAACAUUAACUGAAAUGAUGGUACCACUGCAAGUUAUUCCAACUGAUUUACAUGGCAAAUAUGUCUUUGUAAUCGAAAAGACUUUUAAUUGUGUUGCUUACAUGAAUAAUUAUGAUUACAUCUGAGCAUUCCUGAAGUUAUGGUAAAUGAGGAAUAAAAAUCACUGACAGUUAUCCCAACUGAUUUACUAGGUAAUUUCGUCUUCAAAAUUAAAAAUACUUUUCAUUGUGUUUAUACAUGAAUAAUUAUGAUUAAUUCCUGAGAACCAGUGAUGGUAAUUAAGUAAUGCAAAUAACCGCUAUUAAUCCGAAUUCAUCAGCUGGGCCAUUAAGUCUUUGGAUUCACAAAGAUUUUUUAUUGUAUUGUUUAAGUAAACUAAAAUAUAUCUCUGAAACAUCCCAGAGAGGACAUAUGGUCAUUGAAGAUCGCCAAUCACAACAUACAACAUAGAUAGAAAUGUAUGUUCUCUCCUGUGAUAAGAAUAUGCCCCUAAUUCCACGGAAUCUAAUGGGUCUAUCAUUGAGUACGUUUAUAUAAACUGUGAUAAAUCUCUAAAAAUUCCCUGAGGUAACUGAAGAAUGUUAUUGAAGAAAAUACUAUAAAUACAAUCCGCCUUUUUGGUUUUAAGACUUACAUUUUAUGUAGCUUAAGAGGAAAGUAGUAGGCAAAGUUAUUAUAUAACUACACGAAAUCAAACAUUAGACUAGUUUUGGAUUUUAUAAUCUGAGCAUUCGAAAAUGUUAAAUAGACAACAAUAAUUUGUUACAAAAGGUAUGUAAGAGACUUCGUAAUCUUUGCAGGCAAAUAAAAUUAGUAUUAUUAGUUUCCUCUACAGCAGGUUUUUACUUCUCUUUGUCCUAAUGCCGCAUUUGAUGUCGACGCACCUAUUAGGCGAUAUGAAUAUUAAUCCAAUAACUGAUAGUAACUUAUAAGUAGUUCGUAAGUUUUUCAAUAUUUACAUUUGUUUUUUAUUGUUACGUUUGUCGUUAACUUUGGUAUACUAAAAUCAGUUAUUACAUUUUUCAAUGUUGAAUGUAUUAAUAUUGAGUUUGUUUAUUUGAUACUUUUUAAAAUUUAUUGUUAAACCUUGAUUAAGUGUAUGUAGUUGCCUUAUCGUUUUUCAUUGUAAUUUGUAUAUUUUUGUUGUUUAUACCAUCCUAUUAUCUAUUUAGUGUUGCGUAGUAUUGUAAAGACAUGAUUUUGUUUUUCAAUAGAACUGUUAUAAAUGGAAAAUAAAAAAAAAACAUUAAAUACCAAU